AAAAAUCAUAGUUGAAGGGACCAAUUAAAUUUGAGGGGGGAGAGAGAGAGAGAGAUGGGGGACGAGAGGGUGAAGAAUGAGGCGCUGGAGAUAAUGGGAUUGUUCCAAGUACUGCCUCGUUUGGUCGUAUUUGAUCUCGACUACACUCUCUGGCCUUUCUACUGCGAAUGCCGCUCCAAGCGUGAAAUGCCAUCAUUAUAUCCCCAGGCUAAAAGCAUAUUGAAUGCGCUCAAGGACAAGGGAAUUGAUGUUGCAAUUGCCUCCAGAUCACCAACUGCAGAUAUCGCAAAGACAUUUCUUGACAAAUUGGGACUUAAAUCAAUGUUUGUAGCCCAGGAGAUCUUUUCCAGUUGGACACAUAAAACUGAGCAUUUUCAAAAAAUUAACAGGAGAACUGGGGUGCCCUUCAAUGCAAUGCUCUUUUUUGAUGAUGAGGAUCGGAACAUACAAGGGGUUUCAAAAAUGGGUGUGACAAGCAUUUUGGUUGGUAAUGGGGUGACUCUUGGAGCACUGAGGCAAGGGCUCACUGAAUUUUCUCAAAAUUGGGGUGCGCUGGAGAGAAACAAGCAAAAGUGGAAAAAUUGGGGAUCAUCUGAAACAAACGAGCAAAAUGAAUGUCCAUUUUCGGUCACUUAAUGUCAUAAUUCAUACAUUGGUCAGAUUUAGCAAUUUUCACUUUGAAACAGGAUAUUGCAGAGAACCAGCAGGAUAACUUGAUGACUUGAGUGCAAAAAUAUAGAAAUGUUGUUGUACCAGUAUUUAGGUUUUGAGUGAUUGCUUCUAGCUUAUCCUUUCAUCCGCAACGAAUUUUAAAAUUGUUGUUAUGAUCUGAAUCAAAAUAUUGAUGUUUCAUGUGGUGGUUGAAAGAAAUAGUGGUUUAUCCUAUUUGGUUUAAGUAAACUUCUUUUCACUUAUUCAGUCAAGCAUGAGACCUCAUC